UUGCUUGGGCAGGUAAAAUACCUUUUACUAUUUUCUUGUUACUUAUAUUACUCUCUUUUUCUAUAUAUAAAUUUGAUCUACUAGUAUAAAGUUUGCUUCGUUGCUAGUUCUUGAAAAUACCCAAGUUGGUGAAUUUUAGUGUAAAAGGGGUACUAUCAAAUACCCAAUUUAAGCUACUGUAUGCUAUAUAAUUGGGGUUAGUAUAUGGUGCUUUUUAUUAACAUUUUUAGCUAAUAUAUUUCAGAAUAUGUGAAAAGUCUUCUUGGAGUCUAUUCUUUUUCUUGAUACUUGUGGGGGCUUUUUUAAUUUGUUUGAGUUGUUUUUUGAUUCUAUGCUUCAACUGAGACAAUUGGUAUAUUUCCCUAACAAAACCUUUUCUUGAAUUUGCUGGAAGAUAAAGAAUAGUGAAUAAGGUUAAUGUGAAGCUUGUAACUUUCUGUAUGCUGUUUUUAAUAGUAAACAAAAGGAAUCUGCUUUCUUUUCAUUAGUCUGUAGUGUGUGAGCUGUUAUUUCAUUUGUCUACUUUAUGCUCUGAAAGUUUCAUACUUUCUUGUCUAAGGGAAUUACUUUUUUCCUUCUUAUUAGACUAAUAGCCUUGAUCCUAUGGUUCUUGAAACAACAAGAGGGUAAAGAUUUGUGCUUGCUACUUUGGAUUUUUAAUUUUUUAACCUAUGUGUGUGUGUGUGUGUGUCUAUAGGAUGCUGCAUUGGGAGAUUUCUUUUGCUUUAAAGCUGCCAAGUUAUUUUGUUCCUUGUUGAGUCUUGCAAGAUAUUACCACUUCUUUUUGGUCAAACCCCACUUUUUACUUUUUAUUUUUCUUGCACAGAGCUCCUUUCUGGCAAAUAGCAAUCAGACUCUUAGCUUGGGUUAAAAACAUUGCAUUGGUGAGUUGGUGUUGUGGCCUUUUUGAAGUAGCACAGACUGAGUUCAGAACAAAAUUUUGUGGAUCCUGAGGCCUUUGUGUUUUCUUGAAAAUGGGCAGUAAGGAAAAUGGUUCCUUCAAUUGUCCUACUGGGAUGAAUAGAGCAGAUUCAAUGCCUAAUGUUGACCCUUAUAGUGGUUUUGGUUGGGAUCCACUUCUUUCAAUGAAUCAGAAGGGGUUUUUUAAAGGAUCUUCAGUUGUUGGUCAUAAUGAGUUUGCUAAUUUGCCUUAUCAGUCUUCUCACUUUGCCCACUACCCAUCUGAUUCAAAUCUAGCUGAAAUGGUCCCAAAGAUUCCACCUUUUGGAAAUGAAAGUUUCUCAGAAUUGGUCAAUACUUUUCCUUUACAAGAACAGCUUAGAGGGGCAAAUUGUUAUGCGAACUUUGUCAAGAAUAGAGGGAUUGCUACUGAAGGAGAGUGUCAAAUUUCUGGUGAAGGUGCUGUGGAGGUUUCACCUAAUGGGAAGAGGAAAAUGUCAGAAAAUCAUUCUUUAUCCAACGCCAACAAGAAUGUUGAAGGAGAGCUGCAGAAGGCUCCAUCAAGGGAUAGUUCAGACUGUUCAAAAGAACAAGAUGGUGGAAAAAGACACAAAACAGACCAAAAUGUUAGCCCUAAUUUAAGGAGCAAACAAGCAGGGAAACAAGUUAAGGAUGACUCUGAUGGUGGGGAACCUCCUAAGGAUAAUUAUGUUCAUGUUAGGGCUAAAAGAGGACAAGCCACAAACAGCCACAGCCUUGCUGAAAGGGUGAGGAGAGAAAGGAUCAGUGAGAGGAUGAGGUUGCUUCAAGAACUAGUCCCAGGCUGCAAUAAGAUAACUGGAAAAGCUGUGAUGCUUGAUGAGAUUAUCAACUACGUGCAAUCGCUGCAACAGCAAGUUGAGUUCCUGUCAAUGAAACUUGCUACUGUAAAUCCGGAACUGAACUUCGAUAUCGAUCGUAUUUUAUCAAAAGAGAUGCUCCAUCAGCAAACUAGCAAUGCAGCUCUUCUUGGUCUUGGUCCAGGGCUAACUUCCUCUCUUCCUUUUCCCGGAAUUUCACAUGGAAGUUUUACUGGUAUCCCGGCAACGACACCACCCUUCCACCCCUUGCCUCAGAAUGCGUGGGACAAUGAGCUUCAGAGCCUUCUUCAAAUGGGAUUUGAUUCAACUUCAUCUUUGAACAAUAUGGGACCAAAUGGGCGGUCAAAGUUGGAUCUGUAGAUUCUUUUCAGCACAGAUGUUUCGUAUUGUGUUUACUAUGAUCAGAAGAUUCAAUCACCCCAAUUGACUGCAAAAUCUGUUUUGCAUACUGGACAGAAGAUAUAGUGAAAAUUUACUUUACUUUUUUCUGGAGUUGUAUAGGAUAUUAGCUCCUAACUCAUUUUGUGUUCUUCGAGUUUUAGCAGAAGAGAUUAUUUUAGAUUGGUAAGAAAAUGACUGUACAUUGAAAACAAGAACAUCAUUUGGGGUAAGAUGUCUUGUUUCAAUUGUGUUUGUGCAAGUGUAACAAUUUGUUUUUAAGCUUUAUGAGGAUGAUUUUGGGAGAGAAAAAAACACUUGGUAAUUUUCUUGUAAAGUCUUGUGACAUUGGAAAUGAUCUCAAUAUACUAGUGUUUUCUUUCUCUUA